AUGUUACCCUCAGGAAACAAGAGGACCAAGAUCAGACCGCCCAGACGGUCACUCUUAGAUAACGCCAUCAGUGGCGUUGUCAAGGACCACGGAGCGGAGUUUGAGAAGUCAUGGAGGUUACUCCUGAUAGCCAUCAAGCUGAUCCAAGAGAAGAACGUGUCGGAGUUAUCAUAUGAACAACUCUAUCGUAUGGCAUACACUUUGGUGUUGAAGAACUAUGGUACCAAGUUAUAUGAUAAUGUGUGUCAGCAGAUCAAGCAACAUUUGUUACAACGACGGUUACAUUUGGUACUGAGUGAUAUGAUGGAUGAUGAAGCCAAUUUCCUUAAAGAGAUUUCGAUCGAAUGGAACGAACAUCUUCAAGCCAUGAAGUUUAUUAGUGACGUGUUAAUGUAUAUGAAUCGAGUCCACGUAAAGGAGCAGAAGGUUCCCUAUAUCUAUGAUUUGGGGAUAGUGCUCUUUUUGGAGAACGUCAUAGAGUAUAAUGAUCAUGAGAUAGGUCACAGACUAAUUGAUACCAUUAUACUGGAGAUCAACAAUAGCUGGAAGGGUCAGAUCAUUACUACCAAAACUUAUAUAACUAAGACCAUUAGUAUGAUGAACGAAUUAGAGUAUGGCAAGAGAACAGUUGCAGCAGCUACAGUUACAGCAGAUGAUGUUGAUAAUGAAGGGUCCAAUUAUUAUCAAAGGUAUUUCGAACCGAGAUUCCUUUCUGUAUCUUCUACAUUUUUCUCUCAAUUUGCAUUGGAGUGUUUGGCACUUGAAUCUGGAUCUCAUUAUGUCCAGGCAACCUCACAGUUUAUCAAUGAACAAGAAAGUAUGCUGAAUUUUUUCCUCUCCACUACCACUCAUCCGAAACUAAUGCAAUUGAUGUGCAACGUAUUGGUGAAAGAUAGAAUUGACUAUAUCAUUAGUCUUCCAUAUGAAAACCACGGUCUAUCGUAUUGGCUAGACAAUGUGAUUCGAAAUAUAACGGCGACCACUCGUUCUGACCCUCAUUAUGAAGAACUAAGACUACUCUAUGACCUUGUGGGGAGAUUUGAUCCAGAAAGAAAACUAUUGAAACUCAGACUUCGAGAUAGAAUCAUUGAAGAUGGUCAGAAAAUUGAACAAAUUGCCUUAGAAAUGGCUCAAAAUUCAAUUAAAUCAUCAUCAUUUUCUUCUUCCGCAUCUAAAAAGAGCCCUUCAAUCUCCUUCAAUUCUUCCUCAUUUGCAACUAAUUGGGUAAAUUCCGUACUUGAUUUCAAAAACCAAUAUUUUAAGAUCAUUUCUCGUUCAUUUGGUCGAGAUCAUACCUUUGAAGAGUCUAUUAUCUCUUCUAUGAGAACUUUUGUUAAUAAGAAUGGUUUCAAUGCUCCUGAGAUCUUAUCAAUAUAUAUUGAUCACUGUUUAAAACAAUUAACUAAAGGUGGCAGUAAGACACCAGUCGAUGAGCUUUUGGGGAACGCAUUGACAUUCAUUAACUUGAUCCGAGAUAAAGAUGCCUUUGAAGCGUACUACGCCAACCAUUUCGCUAAGCGGUUCUUGAAUUCCAAAGGUGGAGCUUCAAGAAUGGUAGAUGGCAUGGAUAUUGAAGAUCUAUUCAUAUCUAAAGUGGUGGAUAUGUUGGGGCUUUCUACUGUUGCCAAACUUCUAAAGAUGAACAAGGAGACGAAGCUGUCAUGGGAACUCACCAAAGAGUGGAAGAAACUUGUGGAAGCCGAUAAAGAUAAAAGCUUGAUAGAAAUGGAAUUGAAGAUUUGCAACACUGUGGAUUGGCCCAAGUCCAUGACUAAAGAUUAUCGAAUAUUCGUAGGAGAUGAAGCCGAGGGACAAGCUCCCUUUAUAUGGCCCAAACAACUCCGUCAUACUAUGAAACAAUUUGAAGAGUACUGGAGUCUGGGGAAGAAGAAUUCUUCUAAGAAAUUAUAUUGGAGUCCCAAGUUCGGGAAUAUGGAACUAAGAAUAUCAUACCCUUCAAGGACUUACGACAUUAGUCUUUCCACUUAUGCGGGGAUAAUCAUGCUCUUAUUUGCUCCCCAAUCAGAUGAAAGUUGUAUACUGCCAUUCGAAGAAAAGAGAUCAUACACUUAUACGGAGAUAAAGGGACUAACUCAAAUCAACGAUGCGGAUUUAAGAAGACAACUUCAAUCGAUAGCUGUGGCUCCUCGACUGAGACUUUUAACCAAAACCCCAAUGUCUAAAGAAGUAAAUGAUCUGGAUAUCUUCCAAUUGAAUGAAAAGUUCAAGUCUCCAACCACUAAAGUUAAAGUCCUUACAGUUUCAUCAUCAUCUUCAUCAUCUGGCUCUACAGGGAAGGUAACAGCGACAACCGCAGACGAUGAUUCUCUGGAAGUUAAUGCCCGUAUUAUCGAAGGAAGAAAGGUCAUUCUAGAUGCAGCAGUCGUUCGUAUUAUGAAGUCUCGAAUGUCAUUGAACCAUAAUGAUCUCAUAGGUGAAUUGCUUAAACAAUUAGCAUCCAGGUUCCAGCCACUGCCAUUGAUGAUUAAACAAUGUUUGGCGGGGUUAAUAGAGAAGGAUUACAUUAUGAGAGAUCCGAAGGAACGGAACGUUUAUCGGUACAUUGCAUAA